AUGUCCAAAGUGGAUCAAUACGAAGAUGCCGACUGUGUGUGUUCCUACGGCAUGAAAAUCACUUGGGACAUUAACGACCCCAAACUGCCUCAGGAUGUGAAGCAGUUUGACUCGUUCCAGGAAUGGACAGAUGGCUAUGUGCGAUACAUUUACUCUGCCGACGAUAAAAAUGCGCAGAGGCACCUGAGUGGCUGGGCUAUGAGGAACACUAAUAAUCACAACUGCCAGAUCCUGAAAAAGUCCUGCCUGGGAGUGCUGAUCUGCGCCAGAAACUGCACCCUACCUAAUGGCAGCAAAGUGCAGCUCAGACCGGCUAUCUGUGACAAGGCUCGCCAAAAGCAGCAGAAAAGAGUGUGUCCGAACUGUAACUCAGCAUUGGAACUGAUAUCCUGUCGAGGUCACAGUGGCUAUCCGGUCACAAACUUUUGGAGACUUGAUACCAAAGCCAUAUUUUUCCAGGCUAAAGGAGUACAUGAUCAUCCAAGACCAGAGAGUAAAUCAGAAACAGAGGCAAGAAGAAGUGCUGUUAAGAGACGAAUGUCCUCCCCACAUUUUGUACAUAAAAAGAGGCAUAUGGAAUCGGAGGCAAGUAGAUACCAUGACAGUGGUGGUCCCUUCAGCAGCCUCCACCACAUGCCUUGUAUGGAAGCUCCUGACAGAUUUGGCAUAAUAGCAGAAUCAAACUUCCCUAUUCCAUCACAUCAUUACUCACCCUUUCAAAAUGCAGAACCUUUCAAGCCUGCUUAUGAUCCCAGCGGCAAUUUUGUGGAAACAGCCUCCCCACUUCAGAAGGUCCCCAACCCAAGGAUCUAUGUACCUCGAGGCUCCUGUGGCUAUGAUUUUACUAUGCCUGGCUACAUGGGGUCCAACUCUUAUUCAGCUCUUUAUAAAGAUUCUAGUAAUAUACAAUCUGAAACUGACUCAGGAAAGAUGUGUAUGCAACUUAAUGGAUCCCAGCAUAGUAUGGGCAAUCUGAAUGUCCAUGACCGGAACUUUGAUGGGCCAAGCAAACAUCACGGUUGGAAGCAGAUAUUAAAAGGAGGAUAUGGAGACAGGAAUGAGUGUGGCCAUAUCACACCCAAUUCGAGUCAUUACUACAAUGGAGAAUACCCCUGCAGAUUAGGUGGCACUGGGUCCACUCCUCCAGCUCUGCAGACUAUCAUAACCACAACUACUAAAGUUUCCUAUCAAACUUAUAAACCUGUGACUAAGUUUGGUGACAAUAUUUGUGAUGCCAAAAAUCUUGCAAACUGUAAUCACUUGGCAGACACCAUAUCUCCUACCAUUUACCCUGAGGCAAAGUUCCAGGAAGAUAAUGGCAUGAUCAAAUCAGCCACAGCCUAUCAACAGGAAGUGCCCUCUAAAACAGAACGGGCUGAAGGAUUGGAGAGCUACAGAUAUGGAAGUUAUUCCACAAACUCCUACACUGACCGAUUAGCUCAUCCCUUCAGAUAUGAUACUGGAGAAUACUGA